UUUGGAGUUAAGUGUUUGAUGUGGGGACUUUUAUGCAAUGGAUUGGAGCAUCAGAAACUGUAGGAACACCUUUCAUGAUCUAUUCCAGUGCAAAUAUUUUUGGUUAGGAUUUGCAUUCUCUUGAAUCCUUUUGAAUAUUGAGCUUUUGGUUAUUGAGUUUGCCAUUGGAUUUGAUUUCAGCUGCACCCUGUGGAGGUAAUCAGCAAUUUAGCUUCAGUCGUGUCCAAUGAACUAUUCAUGAUGAGUGGGGUUGGGAGGGUUGUUCGUCAAUGGACGUCCCCGAUAAAAGGUUCUCCGAGUUAGUUGACAUCGUGAAAUCCUGGAUCCCUCGGAGGACUGAGCCAGCCAAUGUGUCUAGGGAUUUUUGGAUGCCCGAUCAUAGCUGUAGGGUAUGCUACGAGUGUGACUCUCAAUUCACUAUCUUCAACCGUAAACAUCAUUGCCGUCUCUGUGGAAGAGUUUUCUGUUCAAGGUGCACGACAAACUCAGUUCCUGCCCCCUCUGAUGAACCUAAGACACCCAGGGAGGAGUGGGAGAGGAUCCGGGUCUGUAAUUAUUGCUUCAAACAAUGGGAACAAGGGAUAGUAGCAGUCAAUAAUGGGAUUCAAACAUCCCGUUCUGGUCUCAGUCCUUCACUCUCAGCAACAAGUUUGGUCAGCACCAAAUCUAGUGCAACUGGGAACAGCAGCAACAGCACUGUUGGGUCGAUGCCAUACUCAACUGGACCUUAUCAACGGGUGCCAUACAGUUUGGGUCUCAGCCCACGUCAAUCGUGUCAAAUUGAACCUUGUAUAGACAAGCAAGACAUAGUAGCACCUGAGAGGAGCAUGGAUCCUGUUGCAGAAAAUGGGGAUCAAUCUCCCAAUCAAGAUGUAUUUUGCAUGAAUAGGAGUGAUGACGACGACGAUGAAUAUGUUUUAUAUCGAUCUGAUUGUGAAACCCAGCAUUUUCCUCGGGCUGAUGAUCUUUGUGGUCCAGUCGAGUUAGAUGAGAUUGACAGUAUGUAUGGGUCAUAUAAAAUGCAUCCUGAUGCAGAAAAUACAAAGGGUAUGAGCAGCUCUUUGAUGCAUGAUAGUUUAGAUUCACAAGGGUUAGAAGGAAUAGAAAAACCGAGGGAAGAAGCAAAGGGACAUGAUUAUGGUGAUACAGAAAUAGAGCCAGCAGAUUUUGAGAAUAACGGGCUGCUCUGGCUCCUUCCAGAGCCAGAAGAUGAAGAGGAUGAGAGGGAAGCAGUGCAAUUGGAUGAUGAAGAGGAUGAUGAUGGUGCUACAGGAGAGUGGGGUUAUUUACGUUCAUCAAACAGUUUUGGCAGUGGGGAGUACCGCACUAAGGACCGAUCAAGCGAAGAUCACCGGAAGGCAAUGAAGAAUGUGGUUGAUGGGCAUUUUAGAGCUUUGGUUACUCAACUUUUGCAGGUCGAAAAUAUACCUAUUGGUGAGGAAGAUGACAAGGAGAGUUGGUUGGAGAUAAUUACAUCCUUGUCCUGGGAGGCUGCAACAUUCCUCAAGCCAGAUACAAGCAAGGGGGGAGGAAUGGAUCCUGGUGGAUAUAUGAAGGUCAAAUGCAUAGCUUGUGGGUGUCGCAGUGAAAGUAUGGUGGUCAAAGGAGUUGUUUGUAAGAAAAAUGUAGCCCACCGGAGAAUGACAUCAAAAUUUCAGAAGCCUCGUUUUCUCAUCCUUGGAGGAGCUCUUGAAUAUCAGCGGGUUUUGAAUCUCCUCUCAAGUUUUGAUACUCUUUUGCAGCAGGAAAUGGACCACUUGAAGAUGGCAGUUGCUAAGAUAGAUGCUCACCACCCCAAUGUUCUGUUAGUAGAGAAGUCAGUCUCCCGUUUUGCUCAAGAGUACCUCCUUGCCAAAGACAUAUCACUUGUUCUCAAUAUUAAGAGGCCACUGUUAGAGCGUAUAGCCCGUUGCACAGGUGCACAAAUUGUCCCUUCGAUUGAUCAUCUCUCCUCACAGAAGCUGGGUUAUUGUGAUACGUUCCACGUGGAGAAGUUACUUGAAGAGCAUGGCAGUGCUGGACAGGGUGGGAAGAAAUUGGUGAAGACAUUAAUGUUCUUCGAAGACUGUCCAAAGCCAUUGGGUUGUACUAUUUUGCUCAAGGGUGCUAACGGGAAUGAAUUGAAGAAAGUGAAGCAUGUAGUCCAGUAUGGUAUCUUUGCUGCGUAUCACUUGGCCUUGGAGACAUCUUUUCUUGCUGAUGAAGGUGCUUCUCUGCCAGAACUUCCACUGAAAUCACCAAUAACUGUUGCACUUCCCGACAAGCCAUCCAGUAUAGAUAGGUCCAUUUCCACAAUACCUGGUUUCAUGGUUCCUGCUGCUGACCAGUUUCAGGAACCUCAACCUGCUAAUGAACCACAAAGAUCCAACAGGGACCCGUUCUCAGGUCUAACUCCACCAAUCUCCUACACCUUCAUUAGCAAAACUGAAAAGGAAAAGGCCCUAUUUCCUUGUUCGCCUGAAGUCCCCAACUCCCAUUAUACAGGACCUGCAAGUGCCAUCAACUCUUUUGUUUCUCUCCCUUCCUCGCCCCCUUCAGGACAGAGCCAAACCAAGCCUUCCCUAAAUCAUGCACUAGAGAAUAAAACGGAAAUUGACGUGGAAUCUUUUGAGGCUAAAGCUGCAUCAGCCAACAGAGGCCAAGUUGUUGUGAAUGAUAAUCUUGUUACUAGUGGUUUUGGAGCUCUGGAGUCCCUGGGGAAAGGUGGAGUUGUGGUUAAUGAUACUGUUAUUCAUCAUGACACCAUGGCUGGGAAUCAACCUGGUGCUUCAAGGUUGUUGCAUCAAGAUGGCAAUAACUACCGUGAGGAGCAGGUGUCUUCUAAGGAAGAGUUUCUUCCAUCCCCUUCUAAUCAUCAGAGCAUUUUGGUCUCUUUAUCAACCCGGUGUGUGUGGAAGGGGACUGUUUGUGAACGAGCCCAUCUCUUCCGUAUCAAGUACUAUGGUAGCUUUGACAAGCCUUUGGGACGUUUUUUACGAGAUCAUUUAUUUGAUCAGAGUUACUGCUGCCAUUCAUGUGAGAUGCCAUCAGAAGCACAUGUUCAUUGUUAUACUCAUCGACAAGGCAGCCUCACGAUUUCUGUUAAGAAGCUCCCGGAGUUUUCCUUGCCAGGGGAACGAGAAGGCAAGAUCUGGAUGUGGCAUAGGUGCCUCCGGUGUCCAAGGACCAAUGGUUUCCCUCCGGCAACUCGGAGAGUAGUGAUGUCUGAUGCUGCUUGGGGUUUAUCCUUUGGGAAAUUUUUGGAACUUAGUUUUUCCAACCAUGCUGCUGCAAGCAGGGUGGCUAGCUGUGGUCAUUCUCUUCACAGAGAUUGUCUCCGGUUCUAUGGGUUCGGGAAAAUGGUUGCUUGCUUUCGUUAUGCUUCGAUUGAUGUCCAUUCUGUCUACCUUCCACCCUCAAAACUUGAUUUUAACCGUGAAAAUCAGGAGUGGCUACAGGAAGAAGCAAAUGAGGUGGUUGACAGGGCAGAACUUCUAUUUACUGAAGUACUCAAUGCUCUUUGUCUGAUUGCAGAGAAAAGAUCAGGUGCUGGGUCAGUUAACAACAACUUGAAAGCACCUGAAUCAAGACGCCGCAUUUCUGAACUAGAAGGGAUGUUACGAAAGGAGAAGGCAGAAUUUGAGGAAUCUCUCCAGAAAACACUAAAUAGGGAGCCUAUAAAAGGCCAACCUGUAAUUAAUAUUCUUGAGAUCAAUUGGUUGCGGAGGCAGUUGCUAUUUUAUUCUUAUGUCUGGGACCACCGCCUGAUAUAUGCAUCCAGUUUAGACAACAGCAUUCAUCAGGAAGGGCUAAACAGCUCCACACAGAAACGAAAGGAGAAGGAUUCAAGUAAUACCGAGAAGCUUGUCGAAAUGAAUUUGUCUCCUAGGCCAGAUGGUGGUUGUACCAGUACUGAUUUGCUUGCAGAUCUGGGGCCUGAUGAAAGCUUUAGUCAAGGAAGUGAAAUUGGUGAUGUCGCUUACCAGCCUGGCCUAGUUCCUCAAUCAAAUGACAUAGAUCAGGAUCGAAAUCACAAAAAUCAGGGCUUGGCUCAUGCUUCUGCUAGCAGUAAUCUUGGUGAUCAAUCUGAUCCUUUGGAAUCUGGGGUAGUUGUUCGAAGGGCCCUCUCAGAAGGGCACGCCCCUCUCAUGGCAAAUUUGUCAGACACCCUUGAUGCAGCAUGGACGGGUGAAAAUCACCCUGGAAGUAUCAAUCCGAAGGAGAAUGGCUAUGCAUUUUCUGAUGCAGUUAUUACAGAUUCUUCAGUUGUGGUAGAGGCCGCUUCAUCAACGAGGUCUAUUUUGGAAGAGCAUUUGGAAGACCACGGUGGGGUUGAGGUAACCCGAUCUACUGAGCAUGCAUUACCCAUCAAGUGUCCUGACAUUAUGGAAGACUCUACAAGCUGGAUAGGGAUGCCUUUUUUGAACUUCUACCGUUCUUUCAACAAGAACUCCUCUGGGAGUGCUCCAAAGCUUGAUACUCUUAAUGAGUAUAAUCCUGUGUAUGUCUCAUCUUUCCGGGAGUUGGAACGUCAAGGUGGGGCCAGGCUGCUUCUGCCUGUGGGUGUCAACGACACUGUUGUGCCAGUUUAUGAUGAUGAACCCACAAGUAUUAUUGCAUAUGCUCUGGUCUCACCUGAUUACCAUCUCCAGAUAUCCGAUGACUGGGAAAGACCAAAGGAUGGUGGGGAGUCUUCAGUUUCACUACCUACUUUUGAUUCGGUAAAUCUUCACUCACUUCAUUCCUUUGAUGAGACAUCCACUGAAUCUUUAAGAAGCCUUGGGUCUAUAGAUGAUAAGGCAUUGCAUGUCAGAGUUUCUUUCACAGACGAUGGCCCUCUUGGAAGGGUGAAGUAUAAUGUGACUUGUUACUGUGCAAAGAGGUUUGAGGCCUUGAGGAGGACAUGUUGCCCAUCUGAGUUGGACUUCAUAAGGUCACUUAGUCAUUGUAAGAAAUGGGGGGCCCAGGGAGGAAAGAGCAAUGUAUUCUUUGCAAAAACCUUGGAUGAUAGGUUUAUCAUCAAACAGGUUACAAAGACAGAGCUGGAAUCUUUCAUCAAGUUUGCUCCAGAAUAUUUCAAGUACUUGUCUGAAUCGAUCAGCUCUGGAAGCCCCACAUGUCUGGCAAAGAUUCUUGGGAUUUAUCAGGUUACAUCAAAGCACAUUAAGGGUGGGAAGGAAUCCAGGAUGGAUGUUCUAGUUAUGGAGAAUCUUCUGUUUGGCCGGAAUGUUACAAGACUCUAUGAUCUCAAAGGAUCUUCUCGGUCACGGUAUAAUCCGGAUUCUAGUGGGAGCAAUAAAGUUUUGCUGGAUCAGAAUCUGAUUGAAGCUAUGCCAACUUCUCCAAUUUUUGUGGGAAACAAGGCUAAGCGGUUGCUUGAGAGAGCUGUCUGGAAUGAUACUGCUUUUCUCGCGUCCAUUGAUGUAAUGGAUUACUCGCUACUGGUCGGGGUGGAUGAGGAGAAGCAUGAGCUUGUUCUUGGGAUCAUUGAUUUUAUGAGGCAGUACACAUGGGACAAGCAUCUCGAGACAUGGGUGAAGGCUUCGGGCAUCCUUGGUGGGCCAAAGAAUUCAUCUCCAACUGUAAUCUCACCCAAGCAAUACAAGAAACGGUUCAGGAAAGCCAUGUCUGCUUAUUUCCUCAUGGUACCAGAUCAGUGGUCCGCACCAACCAUUGCCCCCAGUGGAUCCCAUUCUGACCUUUGUGAAGAUAACACGCAAGGUUUGACCUCCCACGAGUGAUACUGUGAAACAGUGGGCCUGUAUAUGCGAGAGAUCUGUGCUGGGGAUCAAUACCCCC